CAUCGAUCGGAUAGAGAAUCUCAUUAUCUUUGCCGAACUUACCCUCCACGCUCGAGUCAUCCAUACCAUGUCUACAGCAAGAUCAUUCUCGACGCGAAUCCAGGAAGGAGCUGAUCCUGGCCUGUAUAUGAAGACGUUUGUCAAGAUCGCCAAUGAUCCGUAUCAUCCAUCAAGCAACCCGGGGGGAAUCGUUGGACUGGGAGUGGCCGAGAACUUGUUGAUGGGUGAAGAACUCGUAGACCUUUCACGACGGGCCAUGACUUCAAACUUCACCACGCAAGAUCUGUCGUACGGAGACGACUUGUGGGGCUCGAAGCGUCUUCAUCGAGCCCUGGCAGGGUUCUUGAAUGAAUGGUUCGAACCGUAUGAACAGGCCCAGCCUGAACAUAUCAUCACCAGCGCCGGCCUAUCGUGCUUGAUCGACCAGCUCACAUACACCUUGUUCAACCCGUCCGAAGGUAUCCUGAUCCUCCGCCCGUAUUAUGCAGGCUUUAACCGCGAUUUCUGUAAGAGGAACGGGGUGAAGCUCAUCGGGGUCACUCAUCCGCCAGGCGAAUCUUGGGAAGGACCGGACGGGCUUGGGCAGGCCUUCGAGAUGGCGCUCAAAGAGGCGGAGGACCAGGGUACCAAGGUCCGCGGCAUCGUCCUCUGCAACCCUCAUAACCCGACCGGACGGGUCGUCCCUCGUUCGAUCGUCCUCGGAUACUGUGAUUUCGCCGAGCGGCACGAUCUGCAGCUGAUUAGUGACGAGAUUUACGCCCAGAGCGUGUUCAGUUCGAGUGAGUCGUCGAUGCACGAGAUCAGAGGGUCCAAGUUCACGUCUGCGCUCAAUCUGGACGUGGAAAAAGAGACGGGACGACCGUUCGAUCGAUCGAGGUUACACGUUUUGUAUGGCAUGUCGAAGGAUUUUGGGGCCAAUGGGUUCAGGAUUGGUGUGCUCAUCAACCAGGACAAUCAAGAACUCUUUCGACUCAUGGCAGGGAUGUCGAUUUUCUCCAAAAUAUCUGCCCCGGCGGAUGUCAUCUUCUCCGCUCUGCUCUCCUCGGAAUACCUAUCGACCUAUCUCCUCAUCUCCCGAGAGCGUCUCCGAGUAGCGCAUGAUCUCGUCGAGACUUGGUUCUCUGCUCGCGGAUGUACAGUCUAUCGGUGCGAUGCCGGACCGUUUUUGUGGGUCGACAUGGGAGACCGUCUGGGUAUCACGACUUGGGAAGAGGAGGCGCAGUGGCACACGAGGCUGUUUGAAGAAGGAAAGGUGUACAUAAGCCUCGGCGCGACCUAUAAGAGCGAGCGACCCGGUUACUUUCGGAUCACCUUCGCGGUCCCCGAGUCGACGCUGCUCGAAGGUCUCGGUCGAAUGGAAAAGAUCCUCGGGUUACAAAUCAGAUCCAGGUCCACCCAUGAACCCUAAGUUCUAGGAUAGGAUGACAAUGAGCCGAUGGGUUUCGCUGUGAUACGAGAAAAGUGACAUCCUCGCUGAUGAUCAGAUCACGAUUUAGAGCCUACGUCUGCGUGGUGGUGGCGGGAGCGGUUGCGAGCAAUAGAAUUGCCAACG